CGGCGUUAGUGUCACAUGACAGGAAGAAUGCGCUUGUAGUUUUUCACGUGGGUUUUAUAGUACUCUUGUUUACAGAAUUGUUUGUAAGUAAUGUAAGGUAGUUUUCUCUUAUCGUCGUUUGGGUGUUACAGCGUGAAUCUUAGAAUUAGGAAUUUCUUGUUUAUAUACAAGCUUUGAUCGGGUGCCUGAUUAACGAGUGUACAAGGUCACCAUGGCUACUAAAGUCCUGUACCCACUGUACCAGCGAGGAAACCCACAGCUGAGGAUCUUUCGUACUAAUUUCUUUCUUACUCUUGUUAGACCUGGGAAGGAGCAACCACCAGAUACAGUGCAGUUCCGGAUUCCUAUGGAAAUGUCCAAAUUUGAUGUGAAAAACUACCUGGGGUCGAUCUAUAAUGUGCAAGUAGCAGAUGUAAGGACACGGAUACAGUAUGGUACUAAUCGGAAGAGGAACCACUUGAAUCAAAAGGUGAAAACUCCAGACUAUAAAGUAGCUUAUGUGCAGCUGAGUAAGGGGCAGACCUUUGAAUUUCCAGACCUUUUCCCACAAAAAGACCAUACUCCUAAACCUGACUCGAUGGAAGACAUUCAGAGGAAGUUCUUGGAAGAUGAACAACAGAGGCAGAAAAUGGACCCUAGAAGAGGGGGAGUUACUGAUUGGUUUGGACUGUAAGAGGUUCUUAAUGGAUGGAGAGACGCUUAUUGAGAGAGUACACCUUUUUGUUAAGAAGGAGUACUAUGCUGCAUUAAUUCUUUAAAUAAAAAUAAAAUUCCAAACUGA